CCAUCCUGGCUUUCCUCCCUGCUCAUUUUCUCCUCCUCGUGAAGCGAGCGAGCGAGCGAGCGCCGCGAUUCCAUUUCCAUCCCGGAACGGCUUCGCAACGGCCGCGGCGCAGAUCCACACACAACCCACGGACAGACAAAACCCCGCCGCAGAGGUUUUCAAAUCCCGGGGCGGAUUUCCGGGCAGAGAGAGAGAGAGAGAGAGAGAGACACCCCGCGCUGCGCCGAGAUCCCGUCUUCGAAUUCGUCGUCGCGCCCCGACGGCGAGCGAGCGAGCCAGCUAGGCCGCGGUAGCAGGAGGCGGCCAUGGGGAACAGCAUAUACCGGUUCCUGUGCGGCCUGUGCGCGCCCUCGCCGGCGGAGCACGGGCUCCACGGCGCGCACCCCGCCGUCGCCGCGCUCGGCCGCGACAUCCUCAGCUUCGGGGCCAACUCGCAGGUUCCGGACGGGCUGAGCCGGCACGUCGUCUCCUCCAAGAAAGCGCAGUCGAAUUGGUACAAGAAGCUGCUGGUGGCAUGGAAGCAAGCCCGUCCGCCUCCGAAGACGCCCGAGGAAGCCGCGCGCUUCGUUGUGCGGACGCUCAAGAACCACCAGAAAGCAGAUGUCGAGGGCUUCUUGGCGUUCUACGGCCUGCCACAUCCGAACGCGGCAGCAGGCGCUCCCGCUGCUCCUGCUCACCCGCCGCCCAAACCUCAGGGCGCCAGGUUCGAGCUGCACACGCUGCCCAUUGACCCCAAGUCUGUGGCCGACGGCGACACCAUCAACGUGUACGUGGACACGGCCGACCCCCGGGAGUCCGGCAGCGUGCCCCGGGAGGUGCAGAAGGCGGCAGCGGAGCGGGCCAAGGCGCGGGCCGCCAAGAACUACCAGAAGGCCGACGCGCUGCAGAAGGUCAUAGUGGACGCAGGAUACAGGCCAGUUCCUAACGCGAGAGGCGAAGAGGUGCUCGCCAAGAAGUACAGGAUCAGGCUAAGGGGCAUCGAUGCGCCGGAGAGCGCGAUGCCUUACGGCAAGGAGGCCAAAGAGGCGCUGCUGAAGCUUGUCCAGGGAAAGAGCCUGAAGGUCUACGUGUACGACGAGGACCGGUACGGUAGAUGCGUCGGAGACAUCUACUGCGACGGCGUAUUCGUGCAGGAGCAAAUGCUGAAGAAGGGGUUUGCGUGGCACUACACCGCCUAUGACCAACGCCCGGAGCUAGCCAAGUGGGAGAAACAAGCACAGACUGGCCGGAAGGGACUGUGGGCGUCGUCGAAGCCGCAGAAACCAUGGGAGUGGCGGAAGGACAAGCGCAACGGGACGGCAUGAACAUUGAACGGACCUCGGGGUGCCGCGCGCGCGCGCAAUGUAUUGUAUGUUAGAUUUAUGGGCUUGGCCCAUAUGAAUAAUCAUAAUAAAUCUCAAAGACCCAUUAGCACUAAGAGAAGAUACACCAUCUAUUAGUCCCGUAUUGCUAACGGACGAGGGUGUAAGGGGUUUUUCUCCCUUUAAAUAUGGACCACCUCCCUCAUGGAAAAAGUGCACCAUAGAU